GAUAAAUGUCAAACAUCAUCUAUCAUUUCUCAAAGAGUUUCGGAAUAGUGUAAGGCUGCUAGUGAACCAUUCAACAUAGGGAGUCCUAAGGAUUGCAGGUGUACAAUUAUUUCCGCUGAUUGAAGAUGGAAGCUUUUAAUUGGUCCGAUUCUGGAAGCGUAAGCGUCAAAGUUGAGUUCGAUUGGGAUUUUUCAGCCAAAUUUCUCGAAACUGUAGAUGGAAAAGGCUCAGAUUUGUCAUCUGCCUUCUUUGAUUCGAGAGAAAUACCAAAUCACCAAUGGAAAUUGCAACUUUCUGAUUUGGGGGCAAAACUAAGAAUCAGUUUGUUGCAUUACGUCAAUACCAAAGGCAUUUUGGCUAACAUCGUCAACCCUUUCCAAGUCAAAAUCGCCAUCGUCAACAAAAAUCGAGUGAAGCUUCACCAACAUGUCGUCUACUCACACAUCCAUACUUUCGUCUACUUUGAUUUAUCUAAGGAAGAAAUUCUAAAAUCAAAUUGUAGGCAAGUAGACGGCAGUCUCACCAUCAGCUGUGUGAAUGAAUGCAUGGUCAAAAAACAACCUGCAUCUGGCAUACCCCAACCCGUGGGAAUCAAUUGCACCCAUCAACUGACGACUCAGCUCGAAGAAUUGUUUGAUGACAUGUCGUUCAGUGACGUCAUUUUCAAAGUCGGCGGCAGCGAAUUUCCCGCCCACAAAAUUAUAUUAGCAGCCAGAAGCGAAGUCUUCAAAGCAAUGUUCCAGCACGCCACCAAGGAGAAAUCGACCAAUCACGUUGAAAUUGACGACACCGAGCCGGAAAUAUUCAAGGAGCUGCUACGAUUUAUUUACUCGGGACGUUUGACUUCUGCGACCAUGGAAAAGAUGGCGGUCGGACUGUUGGUGGUUGCAGAUAAAUACUUGUUGACGGAGCUGAAAUCGGCUUGUGUAAGGCAUUUGAUCCGAUUCAUGUCGAUUGAAAAUUGCCUCGAAUUACUCUUGCUGUCAGAAUGCAAUUACCACCACCCAGCGUAUGGACUGCGGGAGGAGGCCAUUAAUUUCUUCCGGCUCCACCCAGCCGAAGUCAUAUUGACCGAUGGAUGGAAAAAGGCCAAACAAGAGAAUCUGGCUCUACUUUUUGACGUUCAGGAAGUUGCGUUCUGCUCGAAACCUGACGACGAGUUCCGCUUUGCGAAAUAAAAAUGUUUCCAGCGACAAAAUGAGUUACUAACGAAAAAUCUGCUUGAACGACUAAGAAUUAAAAGUUAAUUUCUUAGUUCCAAUUAAGAUCAGUUCUAUCAAUACAAAAUGUAAAUCCUUUGUGUGAAUGUGUACCUUGUUAUGUGCCAACAAAGAAAAUACAUGAACAAAGAUUUGA